CUCUCUCUCUCUCUCUCUCUCUCUCUCUCUCAAGUAAACAUGCACCGUCAGUCACUAGGAUCACCUGCUUCAAAGCUUCUCACCCAUGGAGUCAUCUUCGCCGGCGCCGGAGUUAUCAAGGACGACAUUAGCAACAGUUUCAUUACAGAAGACUUUCAGAAUCACCGGAAGGACAAAUCAGCAUCGUCUUCCUCCGGCGCCUCCGACGUCGACGAAGAACACAAGUCACAGAAGCCUUAUCAACAGAAAUCAAUCUUAAUAUCUUCUUCUACGAGACUAGUUCACCUGAUUCCACUCCUCACGUUCUUAUGCUUCCUAGUCCUCUACCUAUCCUCCCACGAUCCUUCCCGAAAAGAUUUAACUCCGUUUAGUGGAUUCACAACGCUUUCAUCUAAGAACGCCGACAUAGAUUCAAUUGACAUCGGAUUUCUGGAGAUCCAGAAGAAGGAUGUAUUGGCGAUCCGAAGCAUGAGGAACUUGCAACAACAAGGAGGAGGACAUCGUCUCCAUCGGAAAUUCGGACAUUAAACCCAAAACCUAUACUUCUCCGCCGCUUCCUCUUCAGAGCUUCGCACCAAGCUAAAAUGCGCAUGUCUGAAUGGUUUCAGACCAUGGGUCAUAAAGGAGGGUGACACGAUGGCGCAAUGUAGCGACUCAGCGCAAGUUAUCGUAGAAAAGAUGCGAUUAUACCUCGAAAAAGAGAAAGUAAGUUAAAUGGAGUACAGCUGGAAAAUGCACGUAUACGACCGUUGCUGUACAUUGGGGUUCGCGGUUGGUGUUGUUGACAGCUAGCGGUCGAGGGCAUUUUGGUAAUUUUGAUGAAUGAUCAUAACUGACGCAGAUGCAAUUUCAUCAGGUGGACCCGCACCUCAUAUUUUACUAUUUUUUCUUAUUUUAUUCAAGAAAGAAUGAUUCAACAUGUUAAUCCAUUCAAUGUUAUUAAAAACUUGCUAUCAAUUAAAAUCAAUAUUAAAAAUUAAUAAUAA